AUGUCGACCUCCAGCUCCUCCAGUCCAGGGCAUUGGAUCACCGGCAGCUACACCGGCAACAGUGAUGGCGUCCGCAUCACUCUCGCGACCUUUGUCGCUGUCGCGUGGUACAACGUGAUCGAGCUCGUGAUUCUGAUCUUUCUGACCUUCAAGCGAUACCAGGGUCCCUACUUCUGGAGCAUGCUCAUCUCCGCCCUCGGGGUGCUGCCGUACUCGGUCGGCUAUCUCAUGAAGUUCUUCGACCUCACCAGUGCGACCUGGCUGCCCAUCACCCUGCUGACCGUGGGCUGGUGGUCCAUGGUCACGGGACAGUCGUUUGUGCUGUAUUCCCGCCUCCAUCUGGUGCUUCGAAAUCUGCAAAUCCUCCGUAUUGUGCGUGGGAUGAUCAUCAUGAAUGUCUUUCUGCUGCACGUUCCGACCACCGUGCUCACCUAUGCCGCCAACUUCUCCAACUCGCACACCUCGGUCUCAGGAUACGACAUUAUGGAAAAGGUACAGUUGACGGGCUUCUGCGUCCAGGAAGUUAUCAUCUCCUGUCUGUACAUGUGGGAGACCAACCGGAUGCUGCAGACCAACCCUGACCGCGUCAACCGAAAGACCAUCAUGCAGCUGUUCGCCGUCAACCUGGUCUGUAUCCUCAUGGAUAUCGCCCUGAUGAUCAUCGAAUUCAUGAACUUUUACAUCUACCAAACCACCCUCAAAGCAACCAUCUACAGUAUCAAACUGAAGCUCGAAAUCGCCGUCCUAGGAAAACUGGUCAACAUCGCCCAUCAGCAUGUCUGGAGAACGGCUUUUAACGUCGCCGGUGGAGAAUAUCCAUCGUUCGUCGAUGCCACUCGUGUUGUCUCGGAUUUCAACCAUGCGCGUCCAGCGUCGGAUAGUCAAGCUUCCAAGUUUCGAGCUGCAAGUCUUGAAGACGCCGAAACGCCUGUUCGCUGA